UUGCGAAGAAAUUCAGCGUUGUUGCAAGAGCUCUGAGCCUUUUGAGUGACCCCAGACGAAUAUAAUUGUGAGUAAACUUUCUUCUGAGGUAACGUGAUCUACAAGUUUCUCAUAGUUCAAUGCAGUUUUCUAGGGUUAGCUUACAAGCUGAAACAUCUCCUUCAAUGUAUUGUGUCAUUUUCUUACUUCCUUAAGUUUCGUAUUCUGCUUGUUUCGAUGUAAAGUCGAACCGCUAAAAGUGCUCUUUACCUUAUGAAAAGCCUUAGUAAUGUUGCCAUGUCAGGGUUUUAAUGGUAAGACGUGAUACUUUUAGCGAUAUGGGAUGUCAAAAUCAACAUAGUUUGCAUGCAGCGACACGACUUUGCAUUGUAAUAUAAUCGUAACGACGUCAGUCCAUUUACUUACACAUAAUGCGUGAGUGGACAUCCUUGCAGCUGUUGGUCUGGUUUUAAAUUUAGUUGGCACCACCUAGAUUUUGUAAUUUAUACGUGAAGCUGUCUUCAGUCUUGUGGUAGUGCUGUGAAGGGUACUUCGUUUGUCCUCAUGGGAGCAACUGAGGCUAUAUGAAACCCGACCCUGUGUAGGACAAAAAGCACUGGUUAAAAAGAAAAGUUUCCAAAAAAUCCAGUUGGAAAGUAAUGGAAUGUAAAUUUUUAGGGUUUGCUCUGGGGGAAGAUUCUGAAACAAACAGACUUAAGCAGGUAGACCUGGUUGGGAUCAAUGUUUCAAACAGUGAAAGGGGGUAGUUCUCUUCCCAUCAGUGUGCACCCCUACACACAGAUUAUAAUAUUUAUGGCUUAAUAUUGGGUACAAUGUUCAAUAUUUCGAGAUCCAUAUUAUCCAAUUCGAGACUUCAAGACGAGUCAUUUUUUUAUGGAGACUGAGACUCCAAGACUCUUAUUUUAAAUGCUGUGUUUUUGAGACUCGGCUGAUAUUUUUUUGAGACAUAUCAUUUUUGAUUGACCAUUCUAUACCCCAUUAGUGAAUAAGUUCUAAGUAUCACCUUCAUUUCUUUCAGAUAGGGAAAAAUGUCACAUGAGAUUAGCAGACGAGGAGAUUCAAGUUUGCAGAUUUCCCAGGCAUGGAAGUACACCUCCAAUGUUGGUUCCAUUCUGGCAUCUGUGUUUGCUUUUGUCAUGGAGUACCCCAUAGUCACCAUGUUCAUUGCCAUUUUUGUCGGGCUUUCCGCUUUGCCUGUUGUGCUGUUUAUGUCAUUUGUGCUGUAUAGUCUUCUCUUUACAAUCCUUGGAUUUGCAUUGAUCGAAGGAACGCUUCUGAUGUUUGCAGUCUCGAUGCUUAGUGCUGUCAUAUUUUUUGUCUUCUUUGUCUCUGUCUGUGUGACAGUUCUGGCAAUGUUGACGUGGACCUCUGCCACUAUUGGAUUCAGCUUAGCACAGAAGUUGCAAGGGACAGUUCAGUAUUUAUUUCCACAUUGGAAUUUAAGCUUGGAGACUUCACCCAGUCCUGUGACAAGACAUUCCAAAUCAGACUGAUGCACAGUGCUGUUAGCCUGCUUUGUGUAGUUGUUUUGGUUUAGCAUAAGAUUCUACUUACCCCUCGCCUAACCCAACAUUGACACUAGUUACUGAACUUCCUACUUAGCGCAAAAUGUUGGGUUUAUAGGGGAGGGGUAUGUGGGCAGUUUGCAGAAUCUUUCGUUUCAUAGGGAGAUAGAGCUUGGGGUGCAAGAAAGAGCAGAAAAAGAAGCCUCAAGGGUCACAUUCAGCAGUGGAAGAUACUGUAACUUUCUUCUGCCUUAUGUACUUUGAAGCGGCAACAACUGCUUCAAAUGUAGGCUAUAGCAAUGAAAGUAUUUAAAUACUGUCUAUUUCUCAUUAAUAAGGCCAUUGCUGCAAAAUGCUUCAUUUUCCAUCGCCCAAUGAGGCUGCGCUCCAAGAAAAAUUGAAUGAAGGUUCUCUGAACCUGUGAAAUUCAGUGUUCAGUGUAGGAUUCGUUUGAAAAAGGCUAUGAUUUACUGUUUGCCCAAGAGCAAAAGUAAAGCAUUAGGGGCCAAUGGGUGCUGCCAAAGCACAGCUCUACCCAGACUACCCUUUCCUCAAAAUAAAAUAUGUACAUAAAGCUAAGCAUUGUAAAACCUCUACCUGACUGACUGACUGAUAUCACCAAAGGUAUGAGAGACUGCGAUGGGAAAAGAAGCAUGAAGUAGGAAUGGCCAGAUCAAAGGUAAAACAUAGAUGCUAAAGUAUGGAUUCUAUGACUAAAACAAAAAAUGGUCAUUUUAUUAAACUUAUAUUUAAAACCAGCUGAAGAUAAUAUUGUAAAUGUUGAGGAAAGUUUAAAAGCACAUUAUGAGCUUGGUUUCUCCUGAAUUACAUUGUAUUAAUUGUAUUUAACUCAUUUAAGUAUUGAGUUGUAAGAUGUUUUAAGGCACCAAUCAUUGUUAUUACUAAGUGGAAUAUACUGUCAGUGAUGUUUAUUUAUUUUAUAGCAUAAUAAUUGCAGUUAACUAUUGGAUGAUCUGAUGAUCUGUAAAACAGAUGUUAAACAACUAGUGCAGGUAAAAAAAUUAAUGCAGUCAAGUCAGAACUUGCC